UCAUUUCGACAUACUGACGGUAGGAGGCGCUGGUACUGCAAAACGUUUUUUUUUUUGUUUGUUUGUUUGUUUUUAUGUAGAAACUGAAUUACAUAUGGUUCGGUUUUUGGUAACACCCUAUAAGUGAAAGUAAAACUAAAUAAACUGUUAACAAGUGUUGUUUUAGUCUGACAGCUCUUCGGGACGCUGGCCCUUUAAGGACGCUGCACGCCGUCUCCACUGAGCGUGCGCAGCAAAAGUGAGCAACAUCCCUCACGAGUAACAACAACAAGCUGAACAGCAGGGCUGUAAAAAGAUAUGGCCCCUUGAGGUUCAUCACCUUUAUUUUUCCUUUUUCUCAAAGAGGUUCCGGUCCCGUCGCUGGCUUUUCAACCCCAGCUUUAUAUGUCGAUGGUGGCGAGCCAUGAACUUGGCUAGUCAGAGCGGGGAUGCUGGCGGGAGCCAGCUCCUUUUCGCCAACUUCAACCAGGACAACACAUCUUUAGCUGUUGGCACCAAAUCAGGAUACAAGUUUUUCUCUUUGUCUUCUGUGGACAAACUGGAGCAGAUUUAUGAAUGUAAUGACACAGAGGAUGUGUGUAUAGUGGAGCGUCUGUUCUCCAGCAGCCUUGUGGCCAUUGUGAGUCUGAAGGCCCCCAGGAAACUGAAAGUGUGUCACUUCAAGAAGGGAACAGAGAUUUGCAACUACUCUUAUUCCAACACCAUACUGGCCGUCAAGCUCAACAGACAGAGGCUGAUUGUGUGUCUGGAGGAGUCUCUCUACAUUCACAACAUCAGAGACAUGAAAGUGCUGCAUACCAUCAGAGAAACUCCUCCCAACCCUUCAGGGUUGUGCGCCCUCUCCAUCAGCAAUGACAACUGCUACCUGGCGUACCCAGGCAGCGCCACGAUAGGAGAAGUUCAGGUGUUCGACACGGUCAACCUGCGUGCAGCAAACAUGAUUCCAGCUCACGACAGCCCGUUAGCAGCUCUGGCUUUCGAUGCGAGCGGAACCAAACUGGCCACAGCGUCAGAGAAGGGCACAGUCAUCCGUGUCUUCUCCAUCCCAGAGGGACAGAAGCUCUUUGAGUUCCGGCGAGGAGUCAAGAGGUGUGUGAGCAUCUGUUCGUUAGCCUUCAGCAUGGAGGGCCUGUACCUUUCUGCCUCCAGCAACACGGAGACGGUCCACAUUUUCAAGUUAGAGACUCAAAAGGAGAAGUAUGUGCCGGCGGAGGAGCCCACCACGUGGGGGGGCUACUUGGGGAAGGUGCUGAUGGCGUCCACCACCUACCUGCCAGCUCAAGUGACGGAAAUGUUCACCCAGGGGCGAGCGUUCGCCACGGUGCGCCUGCCCUUCUGCGGCCACAAGAACAUCUGCGCCUUAGCUGUCAUCCAGAAGAUUCCCAGGUUGUUGGUUGCAGCUGCUGAUGGUUACCUUUAUCUAUACAACCUGGAUCCACAAGAGGGAGGAGAGUGCACACUCAUGAAGCAGCACAGGUUAGACAGCAGUGCUGAAGCCCCCAACGAAAUCCUUGAACAGGGGUCACAUGACCGCCCCCUCGCCGCUCAGGCCUACAGUGCUGCUGUCACUAAAGGUUACUGCGAAGACCAGGGCGCCGUGGGAGGGGCGGGGCUAGAGGACGACCUCAACGACCUGCGCCUGGAGGAGGAGAACGAACAGCCGCCGCUCAUCCUGGAAACCGACUGACUCGCUCGCUCGCCGGUCGGAGGGUUCCUCUGCUGCUAAAAGCAUGUGACACUAGAGGGGGCGGGAUCAAAGAUGGGAGGUGUGGGGGGAGGGGUGUCGUUCAGGAACCUGCCCGUCAGUCAAUCUGUGCAUUUUUUAAUCAUUUUUUCCCCUCCUCUCGCCGCUCCGUCAUCCCUCAGUUUAGCCUGUGCGGGCCAAAGUCGAGCUUUGCAUGUACAUGUGCCAACUCCUUCAAACCAGUCCAAUCAGAGCAGGGGUGUGUGUGUGUGUGGGUGUACAUAUGUGUGUGUGGCUCUAAAUGUAGCUGUGUUUCCUUUAUGGACACCAACACUGUGUAAACUGCAGCUGGUUGUGGAAGUGCCUCUCUGCUUCGCUGUUGUGGUCUCUCCUCUUUAGGAAGACAGGCGGAUGUUGAAAAGUUUUUGCGCCCCGCCCCCCCGCUGACUACCGUCUUACUGUCCUGUGCGACAACAAUGACUCGGAGGACCGCGACACAGGGCAGCAGUGUUUGCCAGAGCUGAAUCCUGUGUGUGUGUGUGUGUGAGAACAUGUAAAUUUUACAGAAUAUUUAGAAUUUAGCCUCCACUUGUCUUUGAUCAUUUUUACCUCAUUUAGGCUCAGUGGACCCCGCCCCCUUCCUGCAGGCCUGCACUCAUUGGUCGAUUUUAACCUAAAGCAUAAUUUUUUUCCCUUUUUUUAAUUUAAAGAACUCAAUAUAACCAAUGAUGUGUCAUGAAGUCAUGCAUGGUGUUGUUGAUGUGGUACUGUGCCCAUACAUCUGAAGACACGGCUGCUGAUGAGGCCGCCUCCUCCUCAUCCUGCCUCUAUAUAAUGUACAAUAGUGGGUUUAACUGUACCCCCCCAUGUUAGUGCAUCAGUCACCGCUCUGGAAAUGUUUGACCAUGUGACCACAGGGGUGGACUUUGGAGGGUAAUUUGAUUGAUCUGGAGGUCAAGCCGAGCCUCAUCAAACUGGUCCAGGAUGCUGCAUGAUUCCCUGUUAAUCCUUCAGUUUCUGAGGCCGCUAAACAAAACAAAAAGAGGAUUAGCUCUGGGAUUUUGGAGCAUAAGGCAUUUUCUAAUGAUUUUGUAUAAAAUGUGAAGCAUUCAUCUGAAAUUAAAAUAAAUUCUGUAUUGCUGUA